AGGAAAAUUGACAGAAGCCAUAAAAAAAGCACGUGCGUAAUUAAUUCAUCUCUUUGCGGAAUUGCUAGGUGUAAAGUGGGCCCCACGCCAAACAAGACCUUAUCACCGACCCCCAAAUACAUCGCCCCCUUUUCCUCUAUAUAUACCACCCCUUCGUUCCCCCAAUACCUAUUUCUGAAACUUCAAUUCCAAAUAGAGAUAUAGAGAGAGAGAGAGAGAGAUUUCUACAGAGAGAGAGAGAGAGAGAGAGAGAAACAUUCGAAAAUCUAAUUGAAUCAUAAGGAAAACCAGAGAGAUUAUUACCCUAAUUAAUCCGCAAUUUGAGCAACAACAAUUUUACUAUCUGAAAUUCGAAUCGAAUAAUCAUCAACUGCAUAUAUAAUCAUGUCGGAUUCGUACUGUUCGGACUGCAAGAAGAACACGGAGGUGGUGUUCGAUCACUCGGCGGGGGACACCGUCUGCUCGGAGUGCGGUCUCGUGCUCGAAGCGCGCGCAAUCGACGAGACAUCCGAGUGGCGGACGUUCGCCGAUGAUUCCGGCGACCAUGACCCGAACCGUGUCGGAGGACCCGUUAACCCUCUAUUGGCCGACGCGGCUCUUUCAACGGUCAUAUCACGGGGCCCCAACGGGUCGAGCGGAGAUCCGACCCUCACCCGGUUGCAGAACAGGGGUGGAGAUCCCGACCGUGCUAUUGUCCUGGCUUUUAAGACAAUUGCUAACAUGGCUGAUAGGUUGAGCCUCGUAACCACAAUUAAGGAUCGUGCAAAUGAAAUAUACAAAAGGUUGGAAGAUCAGAAGUGUACAAGGGGAAGAAACUUGGAGGCUUUAGUGGCUGCAUGUAUUUACAUUGCAUGUCGGCAGGAAGGCAAACCGCGUACGGUAAAAGAAAUAUGCUCUAUCGUUGCCGGAGCAACAAAGAAAGAAAUUGGCCGAGCAAAAGAAUUUAUCGUGAAACAACUGAAGGUCGAGAUGGGCGAGUCGAUGGAGAUGGGUACCAUUCAUGCCGGGGAUUAUCUGAGGCGUUUCUGUUCUAAUCUUGGCAUGAGCCAUGAAGAAGUCAAAGCUGUCCAAGAAACUGUUCAGAAGGCUGGGAACUUCGAUAUUAGGAGGAGCCCUAUAUCUAUUGCUGCAGCUAUUAUCUUUAUGAUAACUCAGCUCUCAGAGACGAAGAAGCCCCUUCGAGAUAUCUCGAGUGCGACAACAGUGGCAGAAGGGACUAUAAAGAAUGCAUAUAGGGAUCUUUAUCCACAUGCUGUUAAGAUCAUACCAGAAUGGUUCGCAAAGGAAAGAGACCUCAAGAAUCUUUCCAGCCCUAAAGCCUAAAAACGCACGUUCGUUUUCAUGUCGGGAAUUUGGGAUUGGUGUUUGGGUCCUGCAAACUGUUGGACAGAUAUACGAAGCAACAAAACUUCGCUUCAAAUUAUUAUUUUCCGCUUGUCGAAGGCCAUAAGUUCGUAACUUUGGUGUUUUGCUUUGGAAGAUCUAUACUAAUUUAUAGAAUUUUAUAGUUGAACGAACGAGGGGUUCAAGGCAAGCCCCCAAUCUGUUUCUUGAUUUUUGGCCAGUUGUCGGUUUUGUUAUUGUGCUUCUUUUUUCGAAAUGUCAUCGUAGACUUGCCUAAAAUAGCCUUACGGCGUGAUUACUCUUUGACUUUUCGUUUAUGUAGAAUGUUGAAUACAGAACUUUGUACCUUGUACUUUUUACUAUAAAUCGUAACUUAAAACGCA